AUGUCUGCUGUCUCGUCAAAUUUCUCUCCACGCUUCCGCGCGCUGCGCAGUUUCAUCGUGGACGGCGACAUCACCAACCAAGCCAUCCUGGCGCGCCUCUUCCAGCUCGUCAAGUUCACGCACGUGCUGCACCUCGCCGCGCAGGCCGGCGUGCGGUACGCCGUCGUCAACCCGCUCGCGUACGUGCACUCUAACGUGCAAGGCUUCGUGACGCUGCUCGAGGAGUGCAAGGCCGCGAACCCGCAACCCGCGGUGGUCUACGCGUCGUCAUCGAGCGUGUACGGGCUCAACAGCAAGGUCCCUUUCUCCGAGGACGAUCGCACGGACCGGCCGGCGAGCCUGUACGCCGCGACGAAGAAGGCGGACGAGGUGUUGGGUCAUACUUACAAUCACAUCUACGGGCUUUCUAUCACCGCGCUGCGGUUCUUCACGGUGUACGGUCCCUGGGGCCGCCCCGACAUGGCCUACUUUUCCUUCGCGCGGAAUAUCGUCAGGGGCAAGCCGAUUAAGAUUUUCCAGGGCCCCAAGAAGGAGGAGCUUGCGCGGGACUUUACGUAUAUUGAUGACGUGGUGCGCGGGUGCGUGGCUUCGCUGGACACGGCUGCGCCGAGCACGGGCAGCGGCGGGAAGAAGAAGCGCAAGGCGCCGAUGCGCGUGUUCAAUCUGGGGAACACGCAGCCCGUGAAGGUCGGCGAGUUCGUUGGUAUUCUCGAGAAGCACCUCCAAAGGCAGGCCAUCCGCAACUACAUCCAAAUGCCCAGCACUGGUGACGUCAUGUUCACGCACGCCAACGUCACAAGAGCCCACAACGACCUUGGUUAUCAACCCACCACCGAUUUAGAUGCGGGAUUGGAGAAGUUCGUGCGGUGGUUCAAGAGCUACUACAGGGACGGCAGCGAGAAUGAGAAGACGCUUGAUGGUUACAAGCCGUACUAA